AUGAUUCCAGCUGAAAAUGCCAAACACAAGAUAACAAGAAAUUCAUCACAUUUUAAGAAGAUAACACGACCGUCCACUUGGGGAUCCACUAUGAAUGACGAUGAUGGUGAAGACCAGGAUAUUCCAAACAGUGAUAUUGAAGAACCAGGGAUACAAGAACAACCACAAAGACGAUAUCCUUUAAGAUUAAAUCGGGGACAACCCCCUAACCGCUUUAGAGUACAACAGUAG